AUCGUCCCGUAACGGUGUAUUUUUUCUUUUUCCUUUUGCGAGCGUACGUACAACGAAUGUUUCCGGAACUUUUCAUGGUUAUCCGGAACUGGAUGGCGGAUGUCACGUGCAAAGUUCAGACAUUAAGCUCCAAAUUUAAUGCCACAUUUCUCAAAAAUUUCAGCGGUUCGAUUUCACCCCCCCCCCCCCCCCCCUGCUGUUUGCCAAUCAAUAAUGAUGACCAAACGUUUGUUCAGAGAUUCAUAUUGCUUGUGCUGUUUUUCGCGAAAUUCCCCCGCUUGAGUUUGGAUCAGUUCCCCAUGUUGUAAAAUUUGUUCUUGCCCUAAGCAACGUACGAAUUUUCAGAUAUUUGGGUGAGGUCCCUGAAACAUAGACUGGAUCCCCCUGUGCCAUCCCUCGAGUUUAUAAUUGGUCCUUGGCAUUCCUUCCAUCGUCCUAUCUCUCACGUUCCACAUUUCCAGAUCAAGGUUGCAGAAUGAGGCCAGAUAUUUUUGUGGUUUCCAAGCUUAAAAAGCAAAUUUUUAAUUUGCCGCUUGAAGCAUGACACAUACCAAGCGGGUAUUCCAAGGGCAAGACUUCCCGAAAAGUAGCAAAUGAUUGACUUCCGUCGCGUUCGGUUUCGCUGUAACUGUGUUCGCUCAAUUGGUCCCCCAUUGACCUCCAUAUAUUCGCUCAAUCUGGUUUCGCUGAUUCUGGUCCUCGCUUAAGUUGAUAAUCGCUGUGAUUGAAUUCGCCGACUUGGCAAUCGCUGAAAUAGUCAAUCGCUUAAAUUGAUAAUCGCUGAAAAGGCUUCGCUCAAAUGUCGUUCGCUGAAAUGACGCUCGCUCAGGUGUCGCAGAACCCAUUAAAUGACGUCGUCAAUCUUGCUAACGGUUUUGUUCUUUGCUGUGUCACGAAGCGAGAAUGCAACAAGUCCUGAAGAAAAGCUUCCAGAGCCUGCAAGUUUUUCAAUACCUCACUAUUAUCCCCAAUCUCCAUGGCAACCAACGUUGCCAUGGCAACCGACUCGGAAUGCGUUCUCUUUGAAUGGGAACCCAAAAUAUAGCUCCAAUCCUAACGGGUCAAUCCAUCCUGGAAGCUCACAAGAAACCAUCGGGUCAGACCUGAAAGCGCUAUCGUCGAGUAGAAGAUCCAAAGUUAGGGAAAAUGAUGGGAGAGGAAGAGAAUGGCGAAAAGGCUCGGGAGACAACGCCCGCAGACGAGUCGGUGAGUCACACGUGAUCUCAGAAUCAGGUGGAAACCAGAGACCCAGUGAGAACGACGAUCCAUUCCGAACCGCUCACUUCUCUGUGCGCCCACUGAGUAUGUCUCCAUUAGAAAAACAGCGUCUCGAAAGUGAAAAGUUUCGCGAUUCUGGAAACGUUCCGACCGACCAUCGGCCCUUAGCGCCCGAUGGGCAGGCCCAAAACUACGAAAGAUAUCCCCCACACGCCUCACAAGACCCAACUCGAGGCGACACGCCAUCCCAAACCUACCGAAGUCGCUAUCCCUCAGAUUUCGGCGCCGGGUUCCAUUCCGGUCCCGGAAUCUCUCAAGGUUAUGGCCAAAACUUCGGCCCCGGCUAUAACGGCCGUCAGAACGGCGGCUUUGGCUACAACGGCGGCUACGGCAGCAGCAGCUACAGCGUUUACAACCAGGGAUACAGCGGCUCAUACAACACAGCACCCUCGUCAGGAAUCCGAGGCUGGUACGACCGCUUCCUCAGCGGCAUGUCAGGAGGAUAUGGCGAUCAAGAGGAAUGUGACUGCGUGGCUUACAACCUCCUUGGUCUGGGGGCUGCGGCGGCAACUUCGGCAGCGCUGGCGGCCAUCUUUCUCUUCGCCAACCUCACCAACGUCGGCCGGUCGCUGGAGGAGGAGUGGUCACUCGGUGUCGAGGUCAUCGACCUGACAGCGUUCCUCGCCGAGCCGUUGGGUCACCUAUCGCGAGGAGAGCGGGUCAUAUGGGACGGUAGUGAUCCGAGGUCAGCGUUCGGCCGAGUGCUACAUCAGCUGCCGGAGGGAAUGAUGCAGAGGUCGCUUCUGGAUCUCGCCGAAAGAAUCAAGCCUCACGCAUUGGCCGAUACAGCUGUGAGAGCGGUCUGUUAUGGUUCAGGUUACAGAAGUAAAAGGCGAAAAGAAAACGGGACCUCAACAAUUACAGGAAGAUUUCUGGAUAAAAUUGGAAUCGGCGCAAGAGAUGGUUACGCCAGCUCGGGAGGCAGCUGCGACUGUUUUGCGGGCAUUGUGGGUGCCUUGGCUGGGUUCGCAGCACUGGGAGCGCUGGUGGCCUUCGCCAUCGCUACGGCUACCACUACCACCACGACUACAGCAGCCCCGGCAGGCACCGGAGGCAGGGCGCUGAUGCCGCCAGACGGAGGAGGCAUGGUGGACCCCUUGACGUCCAGCUUCGUGCAGAGGAUGCUGCUUCUGCUGACUGAGGAGCAGGAGUGCUUACCUCACCAACUUUGUGUCCUAUCCAGAGACGCCCGCGAGGCGGGAGACCCAUAUUCUACACUGGUGCAGCUUGGAAGUUUGCCGCUUUCGUGGUUUUUGACAAAAACCAUCGGCGGCAACAUGCCCGAGUACUGCAGUGGUCUGAUGACGUCACAGGUUCGAGGCCAGUGUCUGCACACACCGGAAAGAUGCCAAUCCUAGCUAACAACAGGACGCCGGAUGGAAAGGACUGUGACUUCUAAGAUGGGAGAAAUCCGUGGCGAAUCAACAGACUUGCCAAUGACCAAAUGGAAUAGCGAUCACAGUGCAAUGCUUUCGGCAUUUGAAGCCAUAACUCUACGAAUGACGCGACAGCUCUAACAGUUACUAGUCGCGACAUCUGACAUCUUUAUUGUGGCGCCGGCGAGGUUGACCAAUGGCCACCAGCCAACAAGUUGUAAAAGGAGCCUGGCCUCAGCUCGACAAAUGUGAUGGCAUUCCUUGCGGGAGACUGGAACAAUGUUCAACACGCGUAUUGUGAACUGUUUUGGGGAAACCUAAAAACAGGACUUUGCUGAUGCCUAACGACUGAACAAAGGAAGCCACAGCCAGCGGCGAAAGAGCAUCGAUCUAACAAUGAAUAAUGAGGCGUUAAUGAAGGAUCACGACCACUAGAGUGGAUGAUAGUUUAUCUGGGUAAUGAUAUAUUUAUGUCUAGUGAAUUAAAAAUGAACGACCAGAGGCAUUUAAGAUAAAGGCAUUAAACAGGCCGACCACUCUCGAGUGUUUUGACCUGCUUGGAUGUCCCCAAAGGUAUUCAAUAUAUAUUCCAUAGUCAAUUGUUUUCAUGAAGUCCUUAUGUUCACCUAUGUUUUACGUAGAUGUGGUAUUUGUAUGACCUGCGGGAGGUAUGCCUCGGAUUGAAUCAAGGUUAGUCAAAGGACUGGUGCUCUUUCAACCUGCAGUCUCCCAUAUAUGUUUGAUACGGUCACAUUAAAGUCACCGCCCGUUUGCUUACAUAUCGAUCAAUGAUUCCGUGAACCGUGGGGACUUCACAAAUAAUCAUUCUCGUCCGAAGACUUCUCGACCGCUCGAUCGCUUGCUAAGAGAUGUGCAUUGUGCACUACUGACCCCACACAGAAAACAUCAAGCCGAAGAGGUUGUCGCCAGUAACUAGUAAAGGAUUCCGGCAAAUGUAAAGAAAGGUAACGGAACAUGAAUUGGAUACUUCCAGCCGCUUCACGUGUGAAAACCUGGAGCCCACACUUCGUCACGCUGCUGAAUCGCCAGCCCACGACGGUCCAGCCCAAUAUCCGGCCGACCAAUACGGUCUAUUUUCGCCGUAUCAGCGGGCCGAUAUCGACCUUACGGCCGGAGCGGCGCAUUGAACGCUCCCUCCCCUGACCCUGGCAGCCCAUGCUAGCCGUAUCCGUCGCUGUAACACGCGUGUAUUCACUGAAGACUGGGUCUUCCCAUGGGGUUUCGAGGUAUACGCCACCAAUGGGACAUGACAAGGACCUCGUGAAGUAGAAAAUAAACGGCUCUGGCUACA